CCCAAGCCUGGCAGGGUGAGGCAAGUGGAGGAACAGUCCCAGGAAGGGGAGACUUCUGGGAGAUCACUCCUCACCCAGUCCUCUGGGGGGGGGAGCCACUGGGCACUGGGGGAGUCUCUGCAGCAUGGACUUGCCCUCCUCAGCCCCUGGCCCCAGCUGGGUGGGGGCUCUGCUCCUCCUUGGGCCACAGAUCCUAGCACUGUGGCCUGCAGCAGCUGUGGAAGUCCACACUUCCAGGGAGGAGGAAGCUCUGAAUGGGACUAACAUACGCUUAAAAUGCACCUUUUCCACCUUUAGCCCCAUCGGCCCACGACUGACGGUGACCUGGAACUUCCGGCCUGAGGAAAAAGGCUCAGAUGAGUCCGUGUUCUUUUACCAAGGCCAGCCCUAUCUGCUUACUGGGCGGUUUAAAGACCGUGUUACUUGGGAUGGGAACAUUCAUAAGAACGAUGCAUCCAUUGUCAUCUGGAACCUGAAGCCGACCGACAAUGGGACUUUCACGUGUCAGGUGAUGAACCCACCAGACGUCAGCGGCACGAUUGGUGAAAUCCGGCUCAGCGUUGUGCAGAGUGUGCGUUUCUCAGAAAUCCACUACCUGGCAGUGGCUAUCGGGUCUGCCUGUGCCCUGAUGAUCAUUCUGGUGAUCGUUGUAGUUGUCUGUCGACACUACCGGAGGAAACGGCAAGAGAAGAGCACCGAGAUGGUGGAGACAGAGCUUCCAGAAAAGGAAAAACUGAAGAGUACAGAAGAGAUGGUAGCUGUUCCAUUAGAAGCUAAAGACUAAAGAGUCCUUACUAAAUGGUACACAUAGUGAAGGUACUUCUGAAGAAGAUGGCUAAUACUUCCACAUUCAGAAGUUAGAUCAAAGCUGAAUUAUACAUUUCUGAUGCUGCAAGUGUGGUACCGCUGCUCGCCUUGAAACUCUUGCCAGGAAAAAAUGGUUGCACUAGUAUAAAGUAUAAGGUCAUAUUCCCUUUCAUUGAGGCAAAGCAGGAGGAACUCAUCCCAUCAGAAAUGAAGUUGUCUUUGCUCUUCAACCCAGCUGAAGCCAUUUGGAGAAAAGCUAUGCAGAAUUUCAUUUGAUUCACUCCUGUGAAGAAAAAGAAUCUAGAAGAUACAGAAGAAAUCCAAGGACAGCUGAUUGAACAGAGGUUUGCAAAGUCCUCAUCUUGGCAUGCAGAUGCAUCUUUCAUAUUUCUGAAGAUGCAUCUUUCAUAUUUUAAUUUUGUUUACACCAUCUCACUCCAACCGUAGACAGGAGAAGGGAGAAUCCUUUGUUGUUACAAAUUCACUUGGUACACUCUUGUUCCUCAAGAAUCAAAAUAAUAAGUAAUUUGGUCUGCAUCAUAUUCCCCUCCAUUGGAAAACCCUGCUAAAUGCCACCAAAGAAAAAAAAGACAUCUAGACAGACCAGUCAGAGGGGCAGCUUCUUGCAAUAAUGGAGUUUGGAGCCCAAGCUUACUUUAAGUGGAGCGUUACAGUUUUGGACAACAUGCUGUUUCUUCAGCAGUGAUGAUUUUUAGCAGUAGAUGCAUUUUUCAGUUUGACGUAUGACUUGCACUGUAAGUGACUUAGCACGUUUGAAGUUGGUAGACUGGGAAUGCUGCCUGUUGCCAAGUACACUUUGGGCAGGUGCUAUGGCAGCUUCUUUCCAUUCCUGUUCUUCUGACACGUGUAAAUCCUGCUCUCUGUUCUGCUCUGCUAUUCCAGCCCAGAUUCCUCCACUCACUUCUCUUAACUCACCUGAAUCCGCCUUGCGUAACACCUUUUGCUGCUGGUCACGAGGCUUACAGAUUCCUUUCCAAAUGCCACAACUUUGCCUGCAACAGUCUCCGCUGCUCCGGAGACUCCUCAGCAAACGCUACGCGUGGUGCCUAAUCACAGUCAAGCUUUAUUUGCUAUCGAAAUUCAGUAGCUGGUGGCACGGUAUCAAGCACAGAAGUAGUCAGUAGAAGCUCUGACACCUCUCAAUAUUAUAUGCAGCUUUCCAGAUACGCACAGUGGCUCAAAGGGGAAUGAAAGUUAGUUUGUCUUGACGCUAUUUACUGCUGUAGGUUAGUCAUGUAUUUUCCAAAUUUGGCGUGCUCACUGCAGACUGCGGUGGAAAUAAACGAACAAAACCAAAAACCAGCAAAACUUCAAAGCUGUCGCUGUAUUUAACCAGCGUUAAAUCAAGUAUCCGUCUGUUUGUUUAAAGAAUGCUUUAUUUUAUGACCCUACCUGUAAAAUGUGGACACAUUA